AUGGCAGCCAGACCUUCGACCGCUCGAAGCGAGAUCUCCUCGGCCAUAUCUGAAGAUGGAUAUAAUUCCAGGCCACAAUCCGGCGUCACACCGCUUCCUACUUUGCCAAACCCUCCAGCUUCGCAGCAUGGAUAUGCUCAUUUAAGAGGCAUCGCACAACCUACCAACCGCUCUGUAAAAAGCAAUCCUGCACCUCCUUCAAGUACAGCCAGCUCAAGUCGACCACAAAGUCCCGUCAGUCAGACCAGUCGCACACAUGUACCCUCGUUGACUGCACAGGGCUUUUUUAAGCCGAUGAGCUCUCAGAGACUGCAAGCGCAAAGAUUGAGGAGGCCUCUGGGUGCGAGGACCAUGCAGCCUCCGGCACCAAUUCCAGAUGGAGAUGCAGAUGACGACGCACGAAGUAUGGCGUCUAGCAGACAAGGCCCAUUUCAUGCGAUGCCCAGAAGUCAUCGUCCAGCACCCUCAAUUACGACUGAAUACACACAAUCAGAAGCGCCCGAGACUGUCGAUGCUCCAUUUCAAGAUUAUGCUUCUCAAAAUGAGGGAGAAACUCAAUUAGUCGGAUCCAAUGGGCAGAAGUCACAUCGGCCUUCCCGGCUUAACAUUACGAGCACCCACAAGGCUGGCGAUCCGCCUCAGAAAUCGCCGCUCUCAUUUCGUUCAGGCCUGAGUCUAGCGAGUAAGCAUCGUCUGGAACCAGGCCAUCAACAACUCUCCUCGAAUGCCACUUCGCCACGGUAUCCCCCCAAUUCCAAUGCGGAAGUCGCCAUAAAGAGCGCUUUGGGCAAAAACUAUGAAUAUUUUGAGGGGAAUACAGUCUUCUGGUGGGGCGGCCGUCUACAGAAUGCUCGGGAUCGGCCGAUCAAUGUGGCCACUGGUAUAUUCUUGAUUCUUCCAGCGGUACUCUUUUUUGUUUAUUCGGCCCCAUGGCUGUGGCAUCACGUGUCACCAGCCAUUCCAAUCGUUUUCGCCUAUCUCUUUUUUGUCUGUCUUUCUUCUUUUGUCCAUGCUUCCGUUGUUGACCCAGGGAUUUUCCCCCGAAAUAUUCAUCCAUUCCCCCCAGAAGAUAAUAAUGACCCCUUGGCCCUGGGACCGCCCACCAACGACUGGGUCAUGGUACGACUGGCUACUUCACGAACAGCCGCAAUGGACGUACCAGUCAAGUACUGCAAGACUUGCAACAUUUGGCGGCCGCCUCGGUGCUACCAUUGCCGGGUCUGCGACAAUUGUGUUGAAACUCUUGACCACCACUGUGUGUGGAUUAAUAAUUGUGUGGGGAGACGCAACUACCGGUAUUUCUUUGCCUUUGUCAGCACAGGGACAAUUUUGGGCCUUUUUUUGGCGUUUGCUUCGUUGGGUCAAGUGCUCGCCUACCGUGACCAGAGACAUGUUUCAUUAUCGACCUCCAUAAACAGGAAUCGUGUGCCUUUCGCCAUGUUCAUCUAUGGAUUAUUGGCUUUUCCAUAUCCCUUGUCGUUGUGGGUUUAUCACUUGUUGCUGGUCGGCAAGGGAGAGACCACACGAGAGUACCUUGCGUCUCGAAGGUUUCCAAAGGCAGAAAGACAUCGGCCCUUCACUCAGGGAAAUUUCAUUAAGAAUUGGAUUUCAGUUCUGGCUCGACCGAAGCCUCCGACCUAUCUUCGCUUCAAGAAGCAGUACGAAGAGGGCGAUCAGCGAUUUGGAACGAGGAGGGGGGAGCGGCAGGCCCAAUUGGCAGCCGACACACAAAAUGGAGGAAUGGAGAUGAAGCCUGUACAGGGUGCGGCGAAGCCUUUUGAAGGCCCAACUGCUGGAAAGACGUUGCCAAAGAAAGAGGCUAGGUGA